AUGACCUGGAAGCCGGAUGGGACGACGCCGCUGAUCUUGGCCGCAGCGAAUGACCACCUCGAGUGUGUGAGGGAACUGAUCGGUGAAGGAGCAGACCCCAACGAAAGGAGAGCCACCGGGACCACAGCUCUGUUCUUUGCAGCCCAGGGAGGUUUCCUAGAAAUCGUCAAAGAGCUGUUAGAGGAGGGAGCACAGAAUGAUUUACCAAGCCAGGAUGGUGGAACACCAUUGUUUGUUGCAUGUCAGUGCAAUCAUCUCGACGUCGUGAAGGAGUUGGUAACGAGAGGAGCCAACAUCCACAGAACGAUGACGGACGGUGCUACACCUCUUUUCAUCGCAGCUCAGAACGGUCAUUAUAACAUGCUCAAGUACUUAAUAGCACAGGGAGCUAAGGUCGACCAGACGAGAAAGGACAAAGCCUCACCGUUGUGGAUAGCAGCUCAGAUGGGGCACAGUGAGAUCAUCCGGGAACUUCUUCUGUCCGGAGCCAAGGUGGAUGAGGCUAGGGAGGAUGGGGCGACCCCGCUCUUCAAGGCAGCCCAUAAGGGCUACACAGACUGCGUGAGCGACCUCAUAAUGAAGGGCGCCUCCCUCGGGAUACUGCAGAACGGCGAGACGGUUCUUCAUGCAGCAGCUUUGUUCGGUCAUCUCAAAGUGGUCAAACAACUGAUUGAAUCCGGGUCAGAUGUCACGCUCAAAAACAAGGAUAACGUCACUGCAGCUGAGAUGGCCAAGGACGCAGGCUUCGACGUUAUCGCAGAGUUCCUCACACAGACUGCAGCUGCGAAGUCGUAAACUUGCAAAAGAACUGUGAAAGAAAUUGAAAAGAACUGCAAACGAACUGCAUAAGUACUGUAAACGUACUGUAAAAGAACUGCCAAAGAACUGUAAAAGAACUGCAAAAAAACUGUGAAAGAACUGCAAAAGAAACCGUUAUAAACAUAGCACCAACCUUGCAAACGCUUUGCAACAUUUUUGGACAUGAGACUGCUGUCUAGGUGCUGCUGUUGUCGGAGGCUAGCGAGCAGGAAAUGGGCAACCUGUACCAAAAAUAACCGCAAAGAUCCAGUCAUGGCUUGUGAGCAGUUGCUGAUAAUAAUGUUGAUGCAGCAAUGACUUGCUAAAUGACUUUUUGUCAUUAGAACAUUGUUGAAGCUCUUCGUUUUAACGAAAAUAUCCAUCGUCCAUAUUUGGUUGGAACAAGUGGAAUGCCAUUUGUAAGAGCUAUUCGAAGAUUCGUCAGUAUUAACGUUUGCUAGACACAAGGCAAUACAAGUAGCUAGGAGUUGGUGCAUCGUUAAUGCAAUUUCGUUACGUGGUAUCACAAUCCCACAUGGUAUAAACGUUCGCAUUAUUUGGAAAAUUAUUCAGAAGUUUUGCGAAUUAAAAUCUUUUGAUUUUGUCUUCUAAAUCAAGCGGCAACAACAGUAAGUUAUUGUGACAUAUUUUAUGACAAUGUUGAUCUUUCCGGGGAAUUCCUCUCCUUUUCCCAUCAUACUAUUUGUCUCUUGCUCUUCCUGUUUUCAUUUCUGUUCAUGUUUCAUCGUCUUUCUUUAGUCAUCAUCUCCUCCUAAUUGGUUAAAUGAUACUUUCUGUAGAGGUCAGUCUUAUAAAGAGUUCAUAUUGAUCGGAAUCGUAUGUAAGUCAUCCAGUUAGUCGCAAAGUGUAGGCACAUAUAGUUGCGAUUGAUAUCAAACUCAAGUUGAGUUACGAUCAGUUUAGAUAAAUCAAACGUUCUCUAUUGAAGACGGGAUAUUCUUCUUAUUUCUUUGUCGUCUGACUCUAUGUCGCUAUUCUUUUUUUAAAUCUUUCCUCAUCCUUGUAAUCUCUACUCUAUAUGUUCUUCCUCUAAAGUGAUUUGUAUUCGUUUUCAGCACGUGCCUGUUUGUUCUGCUCUGUCAUUUGUUGCAACAUGAACAACAACUAUUGACAAGCCCUAAAUGAGCAUCAAUGCCAUAUACGUAACAGAGAACAUGGAGCAAUGCAUGCAUAUUACCAUACGCUUCAGAAUUGGACAUAUCUGCCCUUUCUUUAAUACUGCGAUCAUGAUUGUAAGAAUGCCUCAUGUGUUGGACAGUAGCUUGGACCCGCCCUUAUGAGGACUGGUUGCACUUUUUUCCUAUUUUUGUAUAAAGCACAAUCGAAAAGACUUUCAAUAAAUCAAGGCAAGGGUAUGCUUGAGAGGUGGAUAUCAGCCCUUUCUUUAAUACUGCGAUCAUGAUUGUAAGAAUGCCUCAUGUGUUGGACAGUAGCUUGGACUUGCCCUUAUUAGGGGGGUGUUUCAUAAAGCUGUUCGUAAAGUUACGCA